GACCAUGGCUUCUCCUCGCUCGCACUUUGUGAAGUCGGACAGACUGGCCGUGCCUUGUGUACUCCUGAUUUCUCUCUGUUGGGGCUGCGCUACCUUCUCUCCACUCACAGCAAUCAAUAGGUUUGUCCGCUGUGUCAUCACAGAGCUUGCUGUUGCACCAUCACCAUCUCCAGUAUCGUCGUCCUUUGCCAGCACUUCACAAUCCAGAUCCUGGGGAGUCUCGAUCAAUUUGAGCGCAAUUUCUCUCAGGACUCUCUGAUUUUCAUGUCUCAAUUGUCCUGUAAUCUCGAAUUGGCCCGAGUAAGCAGUAGUAGCAGCGGCUGUACUCUCUUUGUGCUGAUUUUGUGUUUUGCAACUUAGGCAGAGAGUUGCGUUUCGAAGGUUUUUUCCUGAAUUUCUGAAAAAUUCAUUGAGCGAUUCGGAUCCCUCUAGAUCAAUCGAUUAGUCCAGGUCCGAGCAGAUCCCCAGGCACAGAGUUUGACAAUUCACUUUCGUACCAGUGUCUCGGCUUGGUUAUUUGAAGAGCUCGAGGUAGAUUGUCCGUUUCUUCUUGAUUGAGACGAUUCUCUUACGAGUUCCACUGCGUACACUAAUCACGAUACCAGACUGCUCAAAUGCCUUAUAGUCUUGUCUCCAUGGGCACAAGGUGGUGCGUUCUUGGGAUGCACUCUCAUCUCACCAUUCUGAGCUGACAUCUAUGUCUCACGUAGGUCUUCGUAGUAGGUGUCAUCGUUGAUCCGAGGGCAGUAGCUACGUCGUGGUCAUGUGCGCAUGAAUGUCUUUCGCCGAUCAACCGAUAAGAGUGACUCGAAUCACUCUUCUUUCCUGCAAGUUUUGCCUGCUUGUCGAAUCGCUCGAUCCUGUGUUCUCUAGAUCCAUCUGAAAGUAGGAGAAUUGUCGUGAACAUCAUGGUGGCCCAAGCUGUGAUGGAACGGACUACUACUCGGAUCAUAGUAGACCUUCUUAGAAAGCUCGGAGCAGAUUUGGAAGACACUCAGGCCAAGAAUUUACACCAAUCGUUGCUGGAUGAGCUACAGAAGGUGACGAUCAUCGACCUUGGAAGAAGACGCAUUGGGGAUCGGGGAAUUGCAGCUCUUGGAAAAGCGCUGCAGGAUUGUCCCGUACCGAGACUUGAGAAGCUGAGUUUGGAUUCCAAUGAUAUUGGAGACGAUGGUGUCGCUGCUAUUGCGGGUGCUAUUGGAGUCGGCAAUUUGACAGCUCUGAGGACUCUUCACCUCUCGUGGAACAAGAUCGGAGAGCAAGGCUGCAGAGCGUUGGCUAAUGGGUUCCAAGGCAUCAAAAGUACACCCACUGUGGCGCAAGCCGUGGUAAAGAAUUUCUCGUUUGAAUUCUGGAACAAAAAGAAGAACAAAUCGAAGAAUCUGGGGGAACCCAACGAGAAGAGCAAUGUCAACAACGGAUUCAGAUGUGUUCCCCAUCUGUCGACCGUGUGGUUGAGUGGCAACAACAUUGGUGAUGGAGGUGUCAAGGCGCUUGCUACAUCCUUGGAAGCCGGUCAUGUCCCGAGCUUAAAAGUCCUACGCCUGUUCAAGAAUAACAUUGGACCUGAAGGCAUGGAAGCCUUGGCCAAAGCCUUGGAGUCAGGCAAUAUGGCAACUCUGGAGGCGCUGAAUCUUGGCCAGAAUCCGUUCACACCGAAAGGUAUUGUCUCAUUAGUGCGAGCUUUGCAGUCAAACAAGGUCAUGGGGUUGAAGGAGCUGGGCCUGAGUGCAAUUCCAUUCAUGGUUGAAGGCAGCAAAUCUCUCGCCGAAGCGUUGCAAUCUGGUCAUUUGCCAUCAUUAGAAGCUUUGUAUCUUCAUCGGAACGAGAUUGGAAAUGACGGAGCCAUCGCAAUUGCACAAGCUCUGGCGUCAGGGAAGGUGAAGAACUUGAAGGUGCUUGAUCUGGAAGGAAACAAUAUCAGGGAGGAGGGUUUCAAGGAGCUGGCGAAGGUUCUGCAGCUUGGUCACAUCCCAAAAUUGGAAAUUGUGGACUUGGUGGAUAAUCAGUCAGGUGCGGAGGGCGGCCAUGUUUUGUGUGAAGCCUUCGUCACUGGGAACUGUACUAAGCUGAAGUGGUUGGCAUUGGAUGGGAAUUCAAUUGGAGAUGAGAGUUGCAUGGCUAUGGGUAAGGCCUUGGAAUUGGAUUAUCUCGCAGGUCUUGAGCGACUGUACUUGGCUCGUAAUGCUAUUGGUUUUAAAGGAGUAGCUGCUAUAGUCAAGGCUCUUGAAGCUGGCCACUUACCCAACUUGAAGUAUCUUUCUCUCGACGAAAAUAAGCUGGAGCAUCGCAGCACGAUAGCAUUGGCCGCUGCCUUGAAGGCCAAUGUCGUACCUAAUCUGCAAUAUCUGAGUUUGAAGAAGAGUUUUGGAGGUGAUCAAGAAAAAGCCGCAGAUGCUCUGGUUGCAGCGUACACGAAGAACAGGGAUCUCAAAACUCAAGUCCACUAUGAUUGGCCAAACAAUUCUUACGCAGCGAAGGCGAAGAUUUUGCAAGCUCGCAACUCCGGCACAACAGAUGAGCUAGACCUUCCCGUGGCUAUGAAGAGCUGCUUUUGUACUUCGCUUGGGUUUGGAGCUCUGGCCAAAAGGACGAGGUCGAAGAGGUCGAAGAGGUCGAAGAGGAGAGCAGGCGAAGGUGUCAUCAGCGGUUCAACGCUUCCCUCGACGGAAGAGGGAAGAAGAGAACCAAGUUUUAAAUCGAGCACGACUGAUGUCCCAUCUAUGGAGAGACAAUUCAGUUUUAGUACCUAGAUCAACAGAAGUUUCGGCCCCAGCACCCAAUGAGCCAGAAGAGUGGUUGUAGUGUCCAGCAUUUCAGGAGUUUUUUCUGUUCUCUAGCAUCCGAUAGUAUGACUUUAAGUAAUCAAUGAACUACAGCUUGAACAACGACAACCAAAUUUUCAAAGGCCACCCUGGAAAGACACGCAGACCAGCUGCGUGUCUCUGUUAGUUUGUAUUAUAUUGUACUAUUCUCGUCAUCAUCAAAGAAGAAUUAAGCGCUCCUGCUAGAGAUCUGGUUUUGUAGAUCGUCUAGCUACCGAAGUCAGAAUAGUUUUAAAGUUCUGGAUAUUAGACUAGUAGCCAGACAUUAAUUGACCCCAGUAUGGCAGCCGCUGCAAGCUUUGGUAGCCAGUCCGCCAGCUAGCCAUUUUAGUGAAUCUGUGACCAUCACUGGCUCGACAACAGUGCCAGUUGUUUCGAUAAUUCAACACUCAGUUUUGGGUCUU